CUUUUCAUUUCUGAAAGAUCCGGCAGUCGGUAUCGAGCACGUGAAAACCGAGUUUUUUCAACGAUAAACUCCAAGAAAAACCUAACGAAAAUGUUGACCGCAGCAAGAGUAUUGGGCCGCAGAGCUAUCGACUGUGCGAAAUUGGGUGCGGAAGCGCAUCAACGCCGAAAUUAUUCGCACAUUUUGAAAAAUGCCAACGCAGCAGUAUUUUAUCCGCGUUACGAUCAAUUACGGAACAAAUCCGAAGGGGUUAAAGGGGCCGUUAUCGGGAUUGAUUUGGGCACUACCAACUCAUGUGUAGCUGUUAUGGAAGGCAAACAAGCCAAAGUAAUCGAAAAUUCCGAAGGAUCCCGCACUACACCUUCCAUCGUAGCAUUUACGAAAGAUUCAGAACGAUUAGUUGGUAUGCCCGCGAAAAGACAAGCUGUAACUAACUCUUCCAACACUUUUUACGCAACUAAACGUUUAAUUGGUCGCCGAUUUGAAGAUCCAGAAGUUAAAAAAGACAUGAAUAACGUCUCAUAUAAAAUCGUACGUGCCUCAAAUGGGGACGCUUGGGUUCAAGGAUCCGAUGGUAAAAUGUACUCUCCAAGUCAAAUCGGGGCUUUUGUGUUAAUUAAAAUGAAAGAAACCGCCGAACAAUAUUUAAACACAAAAGUUAAAAAUGCUGUUGUCACUGUUCCGGCCUACUUCAACGAUUCCCAACGUCAAGCCACAAAAGACGCCGGUCAAAUUGCCGGCUUAAACGUUUUAAGAGUCAUUAAUGAACCUACAGCUGCUGCUUUAGCUUACGGGAUGGACAAAACAGAAGAUAAAAUUAUUGCUGUUUAUGAUUUGGGUGGUGGAACUUUUGAUAUCUCCGUCUUGGAAAUACAAAAGGGUGUUUUUGAAGUAAAAUCAACCAACGGCGACACUUUCUUAGGUGGUGAAGACUUUGAUAACGUUUUGGUCAAUCAUUUAGUUUCCGAAUUUAAACGCGAACAAGGUAUUGAUAUCACUAAAGACCCCAUGGCGAUGCAACGUUUGAAGGAAGCAUCAGAAAAAGCAAAAAUUGAACUUUCUUCAUCACUUCAAACUGAUAUUAACUUGCCAUAUUUAACAAUGGAUGCCUCCGGGCCUAAACACAUGAAUUUAAAAUUGACUCGUUCGAAAUUUGAGAGUUUAGUAGGUGAUUUGAUCAAAAAGACAAUUCAACCAUGUCAAAAAGCAAUUAAAGAUGCUGAAAUUUCAAAGUCCGAGGUUGGUGAAGUAUUAUUGGUCGGUGGAAUGACCAGAAUGCCAAAAGUACAAAGUACCGUUCAAGAUAUUUUUGGAAAACAACCAAGUCGUGCGGUUAAUCCAGACGAAGCUGUAGCCGUUGGAGCUGCCGUUCAAGGCGGUGUUCUAGCUGGAGAUGUUACCGAUGUUCUAUUACUUGAUGUAACCCCACUUUCUCUUGGCAUUGAAACCCUUGGCGGAGUAUUUACACGAUUAAUCUCUCGAAACACAACAAUUCCAACUAAAAAGAGCCAAGUUUUCUCAACAGCAGCCGAUGGACAAACUCAAGUUGAAAUUAAAGUCCAUCAAGGUGAACGUGAAAUGGCAGGCGAUAAUAAACUUUUGGGACAAUUCACCCUUGUUGGAAUUCCUCCAGCACCACGUGGUGUCCCUCAAAUUGAGGUUACCUUCGAUAUCGACGCUAAUGGUAUCGUACACGUUUCCGCAAGAGAUAAGGGAACUGGGAAGGAACAACAAAUUGUUAUUCAAUCAUCUGGAGGACUUAGCAAAGAUGAAAUUGAAAAUAUGGUUAAAAAUGCCGAACAAUAUGCAAAGGCUGAUAAAGUUAAAAGAGAUAGAGUUGAAGCUAUUAAUCAAGCAGAGGGAAUUGUGCAUGAUACCGAAACGAAAAUGGAAGAGUUUAAAGAUCAGUUACCUAAAGAAGAGUGUGAUAAAUUGAAAGAAGAAACUGCAAAAGUAAGAGAACUAUUAGCUAAAAAAGAUGAUGUCGAUCCGGAAGAAAUUCGUAAGACAACUAGCGCCCUUCAACAACAAUCACUUAAAUUAUUUGAAAUGGCUUAUAAAAAGAUGGCUUCUGAAAGAGAAGGCGCCAGCGGACAACAACAACAAAGUUCAACAGAGCAACAAAGUGCAGAAGACCAAAAGGCUAAAAAAGAAGAGAAAAAUUAGAGUUCCGUUUCGUUUGUAUAAAAAUAACCAAAUUAAAUAAUUUUUUUUUAUAAAUAAAGUUCGAAUUGUGAUGGACGUUGUCGCCUUGUGGAUCUGUAGGUACGGGUUUUUAUUAAAAGUGUACCACUGUGGAAAUGAAAGGUGGUAUGGUGGGGUAGCUAAUAAUAAAAGCAGUGCAUAAAAUGUGGCCACCUUUUUGUACUAUUUUUUAUUAGUUUUUUCUUUGUUCGGAAGGUGCAUGAUGAACUGAUUGAUAUGUUUAUUCAAUAUUUUUUGUUUCGUCAAACACAGUGCCCCGCGAUUGAUUACCGACUGAUAAUAAAAAUUUUCUUUCAGUGUUGUUUAUAGUUUGUAUUUGUAUUAUUCAAUUGGAUUUGAAUGAACUUUUUGUUUCUUUAGUUACGUAAUAAAUGAAUGUUUAUAAUA